AGGAAAGAAAGCAAAAACAAAAAUAAAAACAAAAACAAAAAAUGGCAAAACCGAAAAAACAGAUUUAUAUAUUACUAGUACCUAUAAAUGCCAAAAUGCAGCACUCAAUCGUAUCCUCUCUCCAAACGCCACUUCUCUCUCUUUCUAAAAAACAACGCCUCCCUUUUGUCUCAAAAUGGAGCCACCCUCACCUCCACCUCCACCUCCACUGCCACUUCCACCGCCCCUAGCACCACGACAACAAGAUGCACAUCAAGAACCACCAUCGUUACCAGAGUUAAACUUUGACAACCUUAGAGCCAUCAAAGUCUUGGGUAAAGGAGCUAUGGGCACGGUGUUUCUUGUUCAUGACAGAGCAGCUGACCCUGGUGCAAAAAAUCCUUACGCUCUCAAAGUGGUCGAGAAAUCCACCCUCCACACGAAAUUUGAGGCCGACCGCCGUGCACGUUGGGAGAUCCAAGUCUUGAAGAAACUUUCCGGCAAGAACAGUCACCCUUUUCUCCCUCAUUUAAUCUCUUCAUUAGAGACGCCAGAAUUCCUCGCUUGGGCUGUCCCUUUUUGUCCAGGUGGCGAUCUUAAUGUCCUCAGGUACCGUCAGAACGACCGCGUUUUCUCCUCUGCAGUGGUUCGUUUUUAUUUAGCUGAGAUUGUAUGCGCUCUGCAGCAUUUGCACGACAUGGGAAUUGUGUAUAGAGACUUAAAGCCUGAAAACAUCCUCGUACAACAAUCUGGUCACGUGACUCUCACCGACUUCGACCUUUCUCGCACCUUAACAAAACCGACCGUUAAAUCCAUUCUGUCUUCCUGUGCUCUUCAGUUACAAAAGAAACCCAAUCACCACCGUCGAAAUUUAACCCGUUGGCUUCCUAUGAUUCCGCUUCACAACGAAAAAAACGGUUUAAGAAAAGCCAAAUCAGCCCGCGUCAGCCCGGUCAGUCGUACUAGGAAACUCAGUUUUAGUAACGGAGAACGAUCCAAUUCUUUCGUCGGAACCGAGGAGUACGUGUCACCGGAGGUGGUUCGAGGAGAUGGACAUGAAUUCUCUGUCGAUUGGUGGGCUUUAGGGAUAUUAACCUACGAGAUGCUGUACGGCACGACGCCGUUUAAGGGAAAGAACAGGAAAGAAACGUUUCGAAAUAUUCUAUAUAAGAAACCGGAAUUCGUCGGGAGACGUAACGAGUUGACGGAUUUGAUCGAACGGUUAUUAGAGAAGGAUCCGACAAAGAGGCUAGGAUAUCAACGAGGGGCGUGCGAGAUCAAGGAGCACGUGUUCUUCAAAGGCGUUAGGUGGGACCUACUGACGGAGGUAUUACGGCCACCGUUUAUUCCAGCUAGAGACGAGACUAAUAGUUUAACGGAAACAGUAACCUCAGGCAGUGAUGGGAUGGAUAUUAGAGAAUACUUCGAGGAUCUAAGAGUACCGACGUCGCUUCCUUCGUCGCCAUUAAAAUCACCGUCUUCAGACUGUCAUAGAAAGAUGUCGUUAACGGAGUUUUAACUGCACGUGUGGGCAGUUUGGCAGGUGUAAGAGUUAGUUAGUUUAGUAUAAAAAUUCUUUUGUUAUUAAUACAUGAUGACGACGGCGAGGACGACGACUGUAUUUGUGUACAUAAUAAAGCAAAAGAAAUAAUAAUAAUAAUAAUAAUAAU